AUGUACCCCAAAAAUCUCUGCCAAAACAUUUAAAAGCUUAGAGCAAUAAUUGGGAGUAUUAUUAAGCAUAGCAUAGUUAAACAAAUAGAAUUAAUUAUGUUAAACGUGAAGGAAAUAGCAGCUAAAAAUGAUGAAAAUCCACAUAUCACCAAUGAAGAAAUAUAUUAAUUGCAUUUUUAGAUGUUUGUAAAUGGUAAUUCUCUCCAAAAAUCAACAAACAUAAUAAUGAAAUAUAAUAUAACUAUAAAAUUAAUUGCAACAUCUAACGUUAAUGCUUGUGAACUUGCUUUAUCUUCAUACGAAUUAGGUUCUAAAAUUUUAAAUCUAAAAGCAUUUAUAAGAGCAAGUAUAUACUUUAAAACGUUUUAAAAACUAGAAAUGGAUGUAAUUUGA